AUGGCUUCGACAUCACCAGAACAGAGGCCGCAGGACUCGUCGCGAGCGUCCAGCCGUGCCUCCAGGAAAUCGCUCACCCUCGACCUCUCCAACCUGCCAGCCCUGCAACAACCAACACCGGCAACCAACACCCUGCUCAUCACCAACCUCCAAGACCUCUCCGUCUUCCAGCCCGAUAACCUGCAGACCAUCAAGGGCCUCAUCGCCAAGACAGCCAUGAUCCACACCUGGGCUCCCCUCAAGUCCUUCCGCCGCAUCCUCGUCUCCUUCUACACGAUAUCCGACGCCAUCGCCGUCCGCUCCAUCUGGGACGGCGAGGCCAUCCUCGGCGAGCGGUGCCGCGUCUACUUCGGCCAGCACACCCCCGUCGACACCUCCCCCAAGGACACCCACCUCGCCCUCCCGGACGCCGGCAAGCUGUUCUUCAUCUCCCCGCCGCCGUCCCCUCCCCACGACUGGGAGCAGAUUGUCGAGGGCGCCCCCAACAAGCAGGUGCACGCCGAGGACCUGGCCGAGGCCCUGGCCAAGCUGCACCACCACAAGAUCGCCGCCGACUCGCCCAUCAGCCCCGUUGAGGGCCGGUCGCCGGGCGGCUUCAGCGCCGCGUCCGCAAGGCAGACGAGGAGCCGCAGCUCCACCCUCAUCUUCCACCCGGAGGACCACGGUGGCAGCCCCAACUUGCCGUGUGUUAUGGUCGACGACAUGACGGACGCCCCCGUGGACGAGCUGAACAUCAGCCCUAUGGACGUGGACAAGCCGAUCAUGGCGCACACCGCGCGGCCGCCGGUCGAGCUGAUGAGCGACGCAUAG